AUGAUCUUCUGCCUGGAGCAGGAAACUUGUGUUUCACCCACGUGAAUGUUAUGAGCAUGUUCUGAAUGUCAAUUUAUUCAUUCAUCGUCAGGCGUUAACAAAACACAUUAUGGCAAGAAGAGUAGUAUACCCGCUCUAUCAGCUCGGGAACCCCCAGUUGAGGAUUUUCCGAACCAACUUCUUCAUGACCCUGGUGAAACCGGGCAAAGAACAGCCGCCUGACACCGUGCAGUUUCGGAUACCCAUGGAGAUGACCAAGUGUGACAUAAAGAACUACCUUGAGAAGAUAUACAGUGUUCCAGUAGGAGCAGUCAGAACUAGAAUCCAGUACUGUACAAACAAGAAAAGAAAUCACCUAAACCAGAGGGUGAAGCGUCCUGAUUACAAAGUAGCAUACGUACAACUGGUGUCUGCACCUGGUUUGGGGAACUGUGACAAAGUGGUUUAUUGUGGACAGGUGCAGAGGUUCAACAACAGACGUUCCAGUUCCCGGAAAUAUUUCCGCAGAAAGACACAGCUCUUGAGCCAGGCUCCGUGGAGGAAAUGCAGGACCAGUUCAUGCAAGAUGAACAACAGAGACAGAAGGCUGAUCCCAGACGAGGAGGGGUAACAGAGUGGUUUGGGCUUUGAAAUGGAGAUAAUUAAAUUUUGAGAAAAAGCACCAAGAAGUGGUGAAACAGGUAAACAAUAACGGAAAUUAAUUUAAUUUAGAAACAUUUGUAUAUCAACAAGAUAUACAAGUAAAUCCACUUGAAGCAAGCAUGAAAUGUUGGUUUAAAUAAAUCACUCCGAUAAAUACCUUUUUGUAUAGCAGAAAGACUUUUCUCUCUAUUACACCCUAUCAGUUUGCUUCAAGAAAGAAAAUAGAAAGAACUUCGAGCCAGUGUCAUAGUUGAAGCUUCGGGUUAUUAUGCUAUUCUUUUUAAAUGAUGAACAACUAACAUCACUGAAAAGGUGUUGUGUCUUGGUGUUCUUGUGUUUUUUCCAUUUCAGAGAGAGCCUCCAUCUGUAGGGUGACCUUAGCAAUAAUUUCAUACAUAUUCGAUUUUUCAUACUUAUUCAAUUUUAAAAAAGAUAGAACAUUUCCAAGGUUGAAGUUAGAUUGGUAAUAAGACUGACUUGAUUUCAAAAUGAGCUGCAAGAGUGGCCUGCACCGGAAAACUAAGGAAUGCAAGAAUGAAAACGUACAGUACCGUGAAAAAGUAUUUUCCCCCUGUCUGAUUUUCUGCAUUUUUGCAUGUUUUUAUAUCUAAUAUUAGACA